AGAGGGCCUUUUAUGUAGGAAAAAAAUAAUUCUACUAAGGUACAAUGGAUAAUAACGUGUACAUGAGUGAGAUGAUGAACCGUCAUGAUGAUGAAGCUACUAGGACAUCGACUUCAGAAGGGCUGGAAGAAGGGGAGGUGGAAGGGGAAACCCUUCUCAUUGUAGAAUCUGAAGAUCAGGCAUCGGUGGAUUUGUCUCAUGAUCAGAGUGGGGAAUCUGUGAAUAGUGAUGAAGGGGACACAUCCUGGACAGAGGAGAUGUCUUAUUACUGUGAAAGAUGCCAGAAGUGGAUACCAGCAAGUCAGGUGAGAGAACAGGUCAGCUAUCUCAAGGGUGACAACUUUUUCAGAUUUACUUGCUCUGAUUGUUCAGAAGAUGGGAAGGAGCAGUUUGAACGGUUGAGGCUAACAUGGCAGCAAGUUGUCAUGCUGGCAAUGUACAAUCUAUCCCUGGAAGGAACUGGCCGGCAAGGUUACUUCAGGUGGAAGGAAGAUAUAUGUGCUUUCAUUGAAAAACACUGGACUUUCCUGCUAGGAAGCCGAAAGAAGACUUCUACUUGGUGGAGCACUGUUGCUGGUUGCCUUUCUGUGGGAAGCCCUCUGUAUUUCCGCUCAGGGGCUCAGGAAUUUGGAGAACCAGGGUGGUGGAAACUUGUACACAACAGGCCUCCUACCAUGAAGCCUGAAGGAGAGAAACUUUCUGCAUCUUCCCUAAAAGCAAAAGGUUCAAAGCCAUCUUUAGAUCCAAUCAUUACAGUGGAGGGACUUAGAAAGCGAGUGAGCCGCAAUCCAGUAGAAUCUGCCAUGGAGCUGAAGGAGAAGAGAUCUCGCACUCAGGAAGCCAAGGACAUCAGAAGAGCUCAGAAGGAGGCAGCUGGCUUCCUGGAUAGGAGUAUGUCCUCCACACCAGUCAAGUUUAUCAGUCGAAGCCGACGUCCUGACAUGAUCCUUGAGAAGGGGGAAGUGAUUGAAUUUUCUUCCCUGAGUUCCUCUGACCGAACUCCUUUGACGAGCCCAUCCCCAUCUCCUUCUCCAGAUUUCUCUGCUCCUGGAACGCCAGCUUCCCACUCAGCUACACCUAGCUUGCUCUCAGAAGCAGACCUUAUUCCAGAUAUAAUGCCACCCCAGGCCCUGUUUCAUGAUGAUGAAGAGAUGGAAGGUGAUGGUGUCAUAGAUCCAGGUAUAGAGUAUAUCCCACCACCCAGUGGAACAGCAGGGAUGAUUCGAAAGAAAGUGAAAACACCUGAGCAGAUUAAACAAGAGGUGGAGAGUGAGGAAGAAAAAGCAGAGAGGUUGGAAGGUGAUGCUGAAAACCAUGAUAAUGCGCACCUGUCUCUUCAGGCUCGGGGUCGAGACAAGAGGAAGGUACAGCUGGGCCACAAGGAUGCAAAGUCCAGAAUGCCCAAGUACAUGCCCGCUAGUAUCUAUGAAGAAAAACUUCUCCUGAGGAACCUGGAAAUCUGUCCAAAUGCUUCGGCCAUGACUCCAGAGGCUCGGAGGCUGAGGCGGAAGUUGAUAGUUCGGCAGGCCAAGCGGGAAAGAGGCCUGCUGCUCUUCGAUUUGGACAACAUUGUGAAUGCUGCUCUUCUCCUGGUUGAUAGGAUUUACGGAGCCAAGGAAGGAAGUAUAUCUUGUCCUCCCUCAGAUCAUCCAAUGUACAGAACUACCAGCCAGGACUUCAGAAUUUUGGAUCGGUACCAGACUAAGCUGUCAGCAGUGAAGGGGUUUCGACAAAUGGCAACAAAAUUUCUGUGCCGACUUGUAGGUUCAGAAGAUGUGCUAACUGAUCACAGCAUAAUCAGUCCUUACACUUCUCGUGUCUUGAAACCUUAUAUCAGGCGCGAUUAUGAAACAAAGCCUCCAAAACUUCGACUGCUGGCUGAGAUUCGAGCCCAUGCACACAAGAACGAUCCCAGCUGGACUGCUGAGCCAGAGGCACCCAUUGAUUAUUGCUAUGUGCGCCCUAAUCACAUUCCUACCAUCAAUUCAAUGUGCCAUGAGUUCUUCUGGCCAGGAAUUGACCUAUCAGAAUGUCUACAAUAUCCAGACUUCAGUGUUGUUGUUCUCUACAAAAAGGUCAUAGUUGCCUUUGGAUUUAUGGUGCCUGACGUUAAAUACAAUGAAGCAUACAUCUCUUUUCUGUUUGUUCACCCUGAGUGGAGACGAUCAGGGAUUGCAACUUUUAUGAUUUACCAUCUUAUUCAGACCUGUAUGGGCAAAGAUGCAACCCUUCAUGUCUCUGCAAGCAAUUCUGCAAUGCUGUUGUACCAAAAGUUUGGAUUUAAAACAGAGGAGUACAUUUUAGAUUUCUAUGACAAAUACUACCCUUUGGACAGUAAGGAAUGUAAACAUGCAUUCUUUCUGAGGUUGCGACGAUGAUUUGUAGGGUUACUGGGAAACUUGAAAGCUGCUCACAGGAGGAAAACUUGGUUUGGAAUUUGUAAAACCGUUUGAGAUCUGAGGUGCUCUGUCUCCUUUAUUGCUAAAAAGUGUAAAGUAUGCUGUGUGACCUUUUCUGAGAUGACUGGUUUUGGACUCACGUUAUUUUGGUCUCUUUUGACCUAGGAAAGAUCCAGGAGAGAAAUGCACACAUUUGUUUUCCAGAAAGGGUGGAUUUGGUCUCCUGGUCUUGAAGAACCCUCGUGACAAGCCAGUUGGUAAUUCUGUAGGAGUUCAGGUACUCAGGAUGCCUGCACCUGUAAUGGCAUUACAUUUCCUGACUGGUGGUUUUUUGUUAGUUUUUUGGUGGAAAGUGAUAAAAUGUUUGACUCAGUCUCA